AUGCCGUUAUUGGAUUCUGUAAGGAGCUUCGUUCUAUCACCUACUGAAUUAAAGGUUAAGCAAGCAACUGACGAAGAUGAAAAUGCCGGAGCUACAGGUACAUUGAUGAAUGAGAUUUCAGUUUUGACGUACAGCCCCAAAACACUGAAAGAAAUAGUUCAAGUCAUCAGAAAAAGAUUGACAGGCCAUGGUAAAAAAAGCUCACAUAAAAACUGCAUCCACAUUUUAAAAACACUAACGCUGGUAGCUUAUUUGGUGAAUAACGGCUCUAGUGAUUUCAUAGCGUGGGCCAGAGGUAACCUUUUCAUUAUGGAAUGCCUCAAAAAUUCAGUGGUACAAGAAAAGAGAGACGAGAAAAUUGGGCAGCAGAUACAAUUCAUAGCUCAGGAUUUGUGCACCGUUUUGAAAGACGACGAGUUGCUUGAACAGAGACGUAAAGACGUCAUACAGUUUCGAUCGAGUAUAUCAUCUCCAGGAAGAAAAUCUACGGACAACAGCCAUCUGAAAAAGUGGCUACCGUCGAAUGCGCUUAUUAAAAGGGCAACUACUGCCAACAAGGGCGCGCGAAGUUCUGUCGAUCAAUCAAUGAGUCCCACGACGCUAAACGAGUACCAAUUCACUUCUAAUUCAAAUAACUUUUACCAGCGUGGCAUAACAAGUUUGGAUUUGAAAAGACGAUCGGGGAAAGCAUCGAUGGACCGCGCUUCUCGAUUCCCAUUGGAUCCUCUAGAGGAGGAAGAUAUGGGCGGAGAUCCACCUGAUACCAAUUCCUCAAAAAUGGUCUUUUUGCAGGAGGACAAUCCAUUCAGUUAA